AUGGAAUCCAUCAAGGAGUCGUUAUCUGCACUAACUGACAUGUUUAAUGCAAGAAUGCAUGAGUUCCAACAGGACUUAAGCAAAGCAUCAACACCAGCUUCAAGUAGUGUUCUACCAGAUCGGAGUUUCUCACGAAAUGUAGGCACGAAGCAUUUUUUAGAGGCGAGGCAACGGUUCGGGUCAGCAAUUGUUGGACACGAGGUGGGUGCAUCCACAUCAUCGCACCUGAUGGAUCUCGACACCGGGUGGAGUGCAAGUUGGAUCUCAGUGCCAUACAAACAGUCCAGUGAAAUCAUCCGUGCAAAAGAUAGUAGUGUCGAAAAAAACAGA